GUAGGUAGGUAGGAUCGGAUAGAACUGUAACCGUGAUGCAACCCUAGCAGGGGUAGACGGGGUAGAGCUCUAGCUGCUCUAGCAGGCCGUUUAUUGCAUGGGCGAGGGCACGGUAGCGCAGGCUUAGUGGUACGAGAUUGGUGCUGUCGUUGUAAUUUUGCAAACUUAUGUGCGUUGCAAUGCAUUUCACUAAGAAUAUUGUUCGAAGGUAAAACAUCUGAAGUUCUUGUUCGCUAGUAUAUUGCCGGGAUUAUGGUUCUGGAGCUGUUUCGUCAGAUUCGGCUCUUAGAAAGAACUGCGUAGCGACCCGCUGGGAAGAUGGCCAAUAGAAGCUCGGACCGAGAGAAGAAAGCUUUACAGGACGAAAUCUCGUAUCUGUCACGUUUGAUUGCUCGCCAUCAACGCAUGCCAAAAUCACGUGGAGGUGCGCAAAUAAGGAAUUCUAACCGCUACACAAAAGUCAACGCACGUGAUGCUCAGGCCCGGAGCAACGUGGGCUCGCCAAGGAAUCUUGCCAGAGCUCUCGACGUGAGCACGCCAAGUACUACCAGUGUCAGAAGCAUAGACAACGUCUGUUCUCACGCGACGCAUUAUGGGCCCACUACACAGAGGACCCCACCACAGAGCACAAGGAGGAGGUCUUUGUCAACUGUUGUGCACAAGAGUAGGUACACACUGAAGAAGCUUCAUACUGGACUCGCUUCCGCAGAGAAGCCAGCGUUUAAACCCACAACAGUGCCCCCGAAAACAGUGCAAAGUACCCCACCAGUUAUUGGCACCAGCACACAACUGUCACACUACGGGUCCUUGAGGCGACCUUCAGCCGGGAAAUACGUCUAUUGCAGGAAGAAUGCAGUGAAUGGAACUGGACUGCUUACUGCAUGUUCUGUGACACGGCCAACUGGCUCCACUGGGAGAACACCUAGACAACUUGUGUCAACCUACAAGCUUGUCCGGAACAAAUCAAAAGUUGCUACACCAGUCAAGAGUCCAAGUUCAAACCUCACUUGUAUUGGUGCCAGGCGCAUUGUGAAAAAGUAUAAGGUGAACAAUGUAAAUAGGUCAAGAGCUCCACUGCAGAGGCCACUUCGAUCUCAGUACGGAAACUCGGCAGCUGUAUCAAGCAUGAAGCUGUCUUGGCCCCCGUCUUACUCAACCACCCAUUACUUCCAUGGUCAGAAAAGGAAAAGCUCUGGCAAGCCUACUUCGAGUGCAGGUUCAUCUCAAGCCCACUACAUAAAGAUAGGAAAUAUUACAUACAGAGCUUCAAGAAACAAACUUUCUAGAACAUUCAAGAGAUCUCUCUCGUGUAGCCCUGUUUCUCACAAAGCUUCCCCUCGUCAUGAGCGAGUACUAGCAGUGCGAGGCUCUGUCUACAAGAUGGAUGCUGCUGGGAAAAUGCUUCGCCGCAUCUCACAGCCACAGCGCAAUUCAGAGCAGACAAAUGGGCGAACUCGAAUUGAUGUUGGUGGAAAGACCUAUAUUGAAUGGGAACCAGGAGUGCUUUCUCAAACACCAUCUGCAGAGACAAGAACUUACCUCAAUCGAACGGUUAACCGCAGCAUUCACAGGGUACGGAAUGUCGACAGCAGCCGGAAGCUAAAGCAGAAAUCAUAUUGUAUGUUCUUCAAUCGAUUUGGGCACUGCAAUAAGGGUGGCAAAUGUGCAUACAUUCAUGAUCCUGAAAAAGUGGCUGUUUGCACAAGAUUUCUACGUGGUACCUGCAAGGUGUCUGAUUGCCCAUUUUCCCACAAGAUUGCACCAGAGAAGAUGCCAGUGUGUUCCUUCUUUUUGAAAGGGCGAUGCACCAAUGACCCUUGCCCCUAUCGACACGUCAAAGUCAACUCAAAGGCAGCAGUGUGCAAGGACUUCGCUGUUCAUGGAUUUUGCGCUGGUGGAAUCAAGGUAAGACUAUUAAAAAGUAUGAUUGUAGGAAAAUACCGAUACUACAUUGCAUUUCACAAUACCAGCACCAAGUUGUUUUUACAAGUGGUAACUCGUAGAUUGACGAGACCAGCAUAAUGUUGUUUGAAGCCA